AUGCACCAGAAUGCACGAUGUCAAGUGGUCAACCAUACCCGUACAUGCAGUUGUUUACCCGAAUUUGCAGGAAAUGCGUUGAUAAAAUGUGUUAAACAACAUAAGCGUGUAAUUAAAUUUUUGGCUUUAAUUUCAAUUUCCAAAUCAAUUAGGUAUUUGAUCCGAGCUUCUCGACAACUUAUUAUUAUUUCUUUGUUAUAUACUUUAGCCAAACCAGUCAAGGAUUUGUGUUGUCCUUCGCCAUGCGGACCAAACAGCGAAUGUCGCCAAGUGAACAAUUACGUUGCAUGUUCUUGCAAAGAAAACUACAUUGGCUUGCCUCCGUUAUGCAGACCGGAAUGCAUUGAAGAUUCCGUAUGUCCUCAAAGCAAAGCCUGCAUCCAGCAGAAAUGUCAAGAUCCGUGUAUCGCGGCUUGUGGUCAGAAUGCACAAUGUCUAGUGGUCAACCAUACCCGCAAGUGCGAAUGUUUACCAGGUUACACAGGAGAUCCUUUAGUAAAAUGUGUCGGAGAAGAACAACUAUAUGAAAAAUGUCACACAAUUUUGAAAACCCGCCAUUACAACUACAGAUAUUUUUUUCCAAUUCGUAAACGAGAUGACAAUAAUAUAGAGUUAAAAUUCAAAGUGAAAGCGAACCGUGACGCUCAUAUGUUAUUUUCACAAGAUGUAUUCCCUAAAAACAAAAAUACAGCUUAUGAGAUAGUACUGGGAGCAUGGAAUAACACCGGUGCAAUAAUUCGAAAAACUAGAUAUGAUCCAAAUACAGUUGCAACCAAAGUGGACGACGGUAUGCUGUCACUCAACGAAUGGCGCGAAUUCUGGAUUGAAAUUACAAAUAAGGAUAAUAAGAGUAAAAUAGAAAUAGGAAGAAAGGGAAAAAGUGCAUUCUUAUCAUCAGAAGAUUCAAAACAUCUACCGAUUGAAUAUUACGCCGUUGCUGGUUCGAACAAUGCUACUGUUUUAUGGAGCCUUCCUUGUUGAUACGCAUCGCACUGAUGGUUAAAAUCAUACACUAUUUGUACAUAUAACUUAUGGAUACCUAAUUGACCGAAUAAAAUUUA